UUUUUCAGGGCCAUUGCAGAAGGCGCCGCGAUUUGCUUGGCCACGAUUCACCGAGAGAUCCGAUACAACGCUCGGAUUCGAUCCACGAACAGCGACGGCGGCGAUAGCGAACGCAUUCGCCGUGUAAAUGCGGCGGAGCGAAGAGGAGAUUCGCGUCGGAGAAAAUGGCGUCGGCGGCCUCUUCGAUCCAUCACCGCCCCAUCUUCUCCACGACCAUGGAGCUGAGGUGGGCGAAGCGACCCGUCACCCGCAAGCCGCACGUGCUGCGGCUCCCGCCGUCGGUCGGCCCGUCGUCCGUCCCAAUCUACAUCUCCACGAGGCCCGGCCACGUCGACCCCGGCGCCCUCAGGGACCUCUACGCCUCCUGCAACCUGUCGUGCGGCCGGUUCCCCGACGUGGGUCCCGGCCGGCGAGUCCCAGAGGAGGAAGGCGGCGGCGGCGUCCCGCUUGACAAGCUCCGCGUCGCGCUCGCCCACAGCGCCGUCGUCGUGUCCGUCUUCUGCAGGGACGAGGACUUGUCGCCGGACGCGGAGCAGAGUGCGGUGGUGGGGAUCGGAGGUUUGGUGAGUAAGGUGUUGCCGAGAGUCGAUCCGUUGGAUGGCCGGUUGGUGGGAUUUGGCCGGGCUGUUUCGGAUUUGGGGUUGACUGCUUCCAUUUACGAUGUCAUGGUUAUUCCUUCGCUUCGAGGAAUGGGAAUUGGGCGGAUGAUUGUCAAAAGAAUUGUAAGGAUCCUCACAAGUAGAGACAUAUAUGACAUAGCAGCUCUUUGUUCAGAAAAUGAGAGGCCACUUUUUGAAGCAUGUGGAUUUGGAGAUGACAUUUUGGGCUCCACGACAAUGAUGUAUACAAGGACUGCAUCCAAUGGCCAUGGAGUGGUUAAGUGCGCUGGUCCAAACCUUUUGCUGGUCCCAACGCCUAAAGAUCGCACUGCUUCCUCAACAUCUACCAACUCAUUGAACUAACAAACUCACAGUUCGGCGACUUUUGGAGUUCUUUGUCAACUCUUUCAAAGCAGACGUGAGAUUCUACUGCCUAAGUCAAAAUGGAUGUUUAUUUCGGUUAAGCUGUUGUACAGUGAAGGAGAUACAUGUACAUACUUGAAUUCUAGAGGCGAAGAUUAUGUAAAGCCAAUGCAUCCGGACCAUGGUUCUUUUGUUCUGUUUAUAAAAUGAGCUCAGGUUAAUAGGGAUGAUAUAUUUAUUACAUUUCCUUUUCUAAGGAUGCUUUUAGUAUUGUUUUUGGCUGAUCAAAUGAGCCUUUGCUCGCAAGC